AUGGCAUUCGGCCUCAUCUUUGAUCCCUUAGCUCUGCUGCGCGUUAUCCCCCUUGCCAGCAGCACCGGCACGCUUGUUUGCGCCACCGGCGAACUUAUCCAUAACAGCGCCUGGGUCCAGCCCGAACUACGCCAAAAGGGCGACUCCAUGCUGCCCCGAUGGUAUGACUACGUCUUUCCGCGCGGAGUUUCGCUUGUGCUGGUGUUGAACCUGACGAGCAUCAGCUCUGCGGUGGCCAACCUUCUCACGAGCGGACCUCGACCGCGCCCCUUGCCCCUGUCACGCACGACCUUCUACUGGGCCGGACUGGUUGGGGCCGUCUCUCAUUUAUUGUUUGUGCCGUGGGUGGCCCCUCGCAUUCAGCGCAUCGUGGAAGAUCGAGAGGGCGAGCGCGAACCGACACGCGAGAUGGAGGCGUGGUUGGGCUACCAUCGCGUUCGCAUGCUGCUCGCUGAUGCGCCCGCAUGGCUGGCGUUUGUGGGGGCCGUUUUGGCGACUUCAAUGCCUCGAUCUCUCCAGCCCGCCUGUGACGCCUGUCGUCGGCGCAAAGUCAAAUGCACCGCUCAUCGGCCCUGCAGCCCGUGUCGAUCGGUCGGGCUGGCCUGUCGCUCGUCCGGAAUCCAGCGGAAGAAAGGGCGACAAGGCGCAACGGCCAACGUGCUGAGCGAGUUGCAGAGACUUGAUGAGAGUCCGGUUUCAUUGCCCCCUCAGAGUCCUCGUCCGGCCAGUGCGCCCGGAGAAUGGAAGAAGAAUCCGGACCUGUUGGAUCGCGGCUUUGUCCAGCAUUGCGCCGAUUAUUUCUUCGCGCGCAUGCUCGGCACUGUGCCCGUCCUACACCCCGACGUCUUCCAGGAGCAUUUGGAUCGAAUGGACGAAUCUGGGCCCUCAUAUUGCCUUGUGGUGGCCUUUUGCGCAUUCGUCCUGAUCCAAACCGGGCAUCGCUCCGCCCAGGCGUCUUCAUCGGAGCUGGCCUGCGCCCUGCUGGAGGAGGCCACGGUCGCUCGUCGCCAUUUGGACCUCUUUGCUGCACCGAUCCAGCUGGGGAUAACCGUUGCCUUCCUGUUGUACGGCUGUCACAUCGGUCUGGGCCAUCAGCGACAAGCUUACUAUUUCCUCCGCGAGGCUACGACGCUCUACACGGCCGAUGUCAUGGACUCGCCGGACGUUGUCAAUGAGGAUGGCUUGUCAUCGUUCGCAAAUCAGGUCUUCUGGCUCCUGUUGGUAUCUGAACGGGCACACGCUCUUCGUCGCCACCGACCCAUAACGCUGCAAAUAACCGCGGACAGUCCAAUCCUCUCCGCUUGCUCCGAUCCCUUUAGUCGCGGAUUUGCUUGUCUUGCGGACCUUUACCGUCCCUUUAACACGUCAUUUCUAGAUGAUUGGAAUGGUUCCGAGGUUAUCUCAUCACGAGACGCCCUGAUCGCUCUGGAAGAACAUCUCCAGCGUGCAGUGCCUGCCGACCCGGAUCUCCCCGACGUUGUCUUGGCCGACCUGCGCGUAUCCCAACAGUGGCUGCGCACCGUCGUGUGGCAGAUGGCAACGACGGCCGGAUAUCUGUCGAGCACACCGACUCAUCCGAGCCUAGACUUCCGCUACCCGCUGCAGAUCGCAAGGGAUCUGGCGGUGGCAACGUGGAAGCUAUCGCGGGAGAGCAUGGAAACCCACGGGAUUGGCCUGAUUGAGAAAAUCUUUGAAGUUGCGUGUACCCUCAUAGACGUCAUGGCUUGUCUCUCCUCCGCAGGACUGCGCUCCUCAGGCUUUGAGUUAGGCCCCCAGGAUUACUUGAAGCAUCUAUCGUCGCUGGUGGAACGCUUGCCCGGCGGUCGAGCGAGAUUUCUUCCUCUGCUUAUCGACAAGUUGGACCAGACGCUACCGGCCUUGCUACAGCCCGUUACUUUGCACCUCGGUCUCCCGGGUGCAGACAAGACUGGUACAAAUGAAAUGAAGGAAGAUGAUGAUGGCGAUAACGUAGCAGAUGCGAUUGACUAUACACAAGGAACUCAAAUCGGCGAUUAA